AUGGCUGUAUCAUCCUCAUCCACCAAAGACUAUGAGAUAUUCAUGUCCACGGUCCAGAAGCCGCCCGAACCAGAGCAAAGCUUUGAGGAGGUACGCGUGAAGGACUACAUCAAAGCAUACACUGCGACCGGUCGACCACCAGUACCAGUCCCAGACCAACCAACUACCCCAAAUGCUAGAUAUGCGCUCGGCUUGCCACCGAUAUUUUCUCCCAUUCCAAUAGAAUCGACUCCGAGCAUCAGCCCUGCAAGCAUUGUAGCAGAGAAAGCCAUAACAAACACCAGUGAUCUGCCCACCAUCCAAGUAUUUCAGGCGACUAAGACACCGAUUGAAGGGCAGUUCCAGAGCAUCACAGCACAGCCUACUUUUAGUUUUUUCUCCUAUGAGGAAUUGCGGCUUUAUGCAUAUCUUUCAGGGAACAUCAUGCCUCCGACCCCACUUCCAUCGGAGAUCCCCUCUUUGGACAAUACGCCAACACAGGUCAUCCAUCCAUUUUACGCCAACGACUCAGCAGCAACUGCGUUCGCACGCCCCAGCACAGGCCCUGAUGCUCCAGACGCCUACAUGAGCAUCACGGCGUCUCUCAAAUUCGACAAACAUUCGUUCGAGGAACUACGGCUGGCAUAUCGUCUUGCUGGCAAGGAGCUUACCUCAUUCGAAAUUUCUACUCGUGGGUUGCUACAGUGGGAGACAAAAGAUGGUUUUGGUAACCGCCUUCGCCCAGGGUAA